AUGGAGAAGGUGUGGUUCGAGCAGAACCGCGCGGGGCAGAUCUGCCAACUUGCGCUGCAGCAGAAGCAGCAGGCCGCGCUCUGGAUGACCUACUCCAAGGACGUGUUCAAGCCGGUGCCGGGCCAGGCCCCGCGAGGUCCCACCGCGGAGGAGGCCCAGGUUCUGUCCCACUUCCUGGACCAGGAUGGGCGGCCCCACUACAUAGAGCCGCUGUCUGGAGUGGCGCGCAAUCCGCAAGCCCUCUGCGAAGGGGGCGGCGAAGCCAACCAACGAGAUAUCCAGUACCUCGUCGUGGAUAGCCUCUGUGGGCAGCCAGGACCGCGGCGAGCCAAACUGUUUGACCUGGGUAGCACCACAAAGUGGAAGCCCAGCAAGCUGACGGGUGACUUCCUGGCCGCCGACUAUCGGCUUGCUCUGGGAGCCCUUCCCUCCGCUCUGCUGCUCUUCAACAUGUACCGAGAUCGCUGCCUUGAGUUCGAUGACAUCUACGUCUGGGACGCCGUGAAGAUCGGACCCAACGAGCUGAAGCAGUGGUGGGAUCCUUUGCCGGAUCAGCUCCGGGCAAGGACUCGCUUCUACAACGUGGCUGUCAAUGAGACGGCAUGCGAGUCCAUGGCGAAUGGGGUCUUUGCAGAGAGGGGUAGCUUCCUGCACAUGCUUCCGAUUGCCGCGAAGCCAGAGGACUUCGUGGUGGUGAAGCUGGACCUCCGCGAGGGGCCUGAGCUGGCGAUCAUGGAGGCGCUGGCGAGGCAUCCGGAACUUAGCUCUCUCGUUGAUGAGAUCUUUGUUGAGUAUCGCUUCGACUUUGACGGCAGGCAGAUGGAUUGGGGCCAGACGGACCAGGACAGGAAUGUGGACACAGCCCUGGACUUGAUGAAGAGGCUGCGGCUCGCGGGCGUCCGCUCGCACUUCUGGAUGUCCGCCUCGGUGAUCUGA